AUGACAGUUGUGGUCGUUUUCAUGCUUUACAUUACAAUAUGUUUUGCCAGAAAUUCAAUGCCCGACAGAACUGACGAUAAUUUUCAAAACGAUUGCCUGAAAACCAGUAAUGAUUUGAGAGCUAGACACCACGCGCCAGGGUUUCACCUUGAUCAUGAUGCUGUUAAUUACGCAAAGUCCCGGUGCCAAUUGAUCUCGCAAUACGAAGGCUUAAGUCACGGACACGCGGGGCUUAAGGGCUACGGAGAAAACUUGUAUUGGGGCGGUAACUCUGUCGAUGUUACGGGUAGUUGCGGUACAACGAAGUAUCAAAGUACGAUUACGACCAUACUGGAUUUUCUAGCGCUACAGGCCAUUUUACCCAGCUUGUUUGGAAAGGCACAACGGGCGUGGGCUGUGCACGUUGCGCCGGACGGGGUGGACAGUGGUUCGAAACGUACGUGGUGUGCAGUUAUAAGCCACAAGGUAAUAUUGUUGGCGAUAAUAACAGGUGGUUCAAAGAAAAUGUCCUCCGACCAUGAUCAAAUUAAAUGAAUGUUAAUUAUAUUGUUUUAAAACAUUAACA